AUGUCAAGGCCUGUUGAGAGAAUAGCAGAGAUCAAUGAUGGAAAAGAGCUUUGGAAGAUUGUUGUUAGGAUUCACCACCGAUGGAAAGUUGUCUCCAACAGCAAGGAACAUUUUGAAAUGAUCUUUGUUGACAAAUUGGGAGAUGAUAUUCAUGCUGUUGUUCCAGCACCGCAUGUGUCGGUUUUCACCGAAAAAUGCUUAUUAGGCCAUACUUAUACUCCGUGUGAAAUUAAUAAAUUUAUUUCAGAUGUCAUUGGAAUGGUGGAUAGUAUUGGUUAUGCGCAGACUGAGUCAGGUGCAAAGAAGCAGCAAAUUAGCAUGAUGUUGCGUGAUCACAGCAACAACAUGUUGAACUGUACUCUGUGGGAAUCAUACGCGGAUCAGUUCAUCAAGUUUAACAAAGUUAGGGUUGCUGCAUCACUACCUACAGUUGUGUUGCUUCAGUAUGCCAAAGUGAAGGAAGAAGGUUAUUCCAUGACUUAUUUUAUAAAUUAA